UUCCCAAGCGUGCACGCUCGCCAGCAACGUCAGGCAGCAGCAGCAGGGGUAUCUCGCGAAUCCGACCCUUGCCGAGACGGAACCAGAGCCACGGGUGCUCUCGGAAUCCGAGUCGUAAAGGCGCUGCCGCCGCGCGCCCCAGAAGAGUUCUCCCUCUACAUAAGCCCCGCGUGAGCGGGCUCUGCCGCAAGCCCAAAAGACGAACGAGAUUCCCCUACCAGUCCGGCUUCCGUGCGCGCGCGCCUCCCCCACGCACGCACGCACGCCUGCAGGGGUCACGAGGAGGGAGACAUGGCGACCACGACGGUGACGACGACGACGGCGACGGCGGCCACCACCACUACAACACGGGCGCUGCGGCACUGGGGGGUGUUGGGGUGCUGCUGCGGCCACCGCGCGGUCGACGACGCGGCGGACGUCGUGGCGUCGUCGUCGCGGGAGGAGGAGCCGGCGGUGGCGCUGCCGGGGAAGGAGAUCAAGGGCGGCGAAGGGGGGCAACAGCUGCCGCGGCUGGUUCGGUUCGAGGAGCUGCCGGACUACCUGCGCGACAACGAGUUCAUCCACGCCCACUACCGCUGCGAGUGGUCCGUCCGCGACGCGCUGCGCAGCGCCUUCGCAUGGCACAACGAGACGCUCAACGUCUGGAGCCACCUGGGAGGCUUCUUCCUCUUCCUCUACCUCGCCGUCGCCAAGGAGACGGGGAGGGUCGCCGCCGCCGCCGCCCGCGCCGCCCCGGGCAUCGUGACGUUCGUCCUGACGUCGGCCAACGCGUCCUGGGAGACCCGCAGCAACUCGUCGAGCUUGGUGGCGAGCACGGACUUCUCGUCCGUGUUGUUGGGGAGCGUGAGCAGCAGCGGCCAUGGCGCCGCCCACCACUUGGUGCCGAGGUGGCCGCGGACGGUGUUCCUGGGGGGUGCCAUGACGUGCCUGGCGGUGAGCGCGGCGGCGCACCUGCUGGCGUGCCACUCGCACCGCUUCAACCGCCUCUUCUGGCAGCUCGACUACGCGGGGAUCGCCGUGAUGAUCGUCGCCUCCUUCUUCCCGCCGGUCUACUACGCGUUCCUCGGCGACGCCGUCACGCAGCUCCUCUACCUGUCCCUCAUCACCCUGCUGGGCCUCCUCGUGGUGGGGCUCAUGCUCUCGCCGGCGCGGUCGUCGCCGCGGCUGCGCCACCUCCGGGCAGGCCUGUUCGUGUGCAUGGCGCUGUCGGGGGCCGUGCCGGCGCUGCACGCGCUGGCGAUCAACUGGGCGCACCGCGAGUGCCACCUCGCCCUCGCGCUCGAGCUCGUCAUGGGGCUCGUCUACGCCGCCGGCGCCGGGUUCUACGUCAGCAGGGUGCCGGAGAGGUGGAGGCCGGGCAGGUUCGACUGCGUCGGGCACAGCCACCAGAUCUUCCACGUGCUCGUGCUCGUCGGUGCGCUCACGCACUACGCCGCCACGGCCAUCCUCAUCAACUGGCGGGAGGCGAUGGCCGCCGCCGCCGGGGCGGCAGCGGCGUUGUUGUGACUUGUGGCUCAUGUGCAAGCUCAGGGCAAUGUAUAUGUAGGCAAAGGGCGCCCCAUUGAUCAUUCGUUCAUUCUUUGUACUCGCUAUACAUUAAUGAAAAUAUUUGUUCUUGGCAUUUCAUAUGGAAAAUUGUAUAUGGAAUCGCCAAUCUCGGAUUUGCUAA